AUGUCCAGUGCUGCCAACUAUCGUCAACGAGAGGGUGAAGCGCGGAGUCGAGUUCACAGCCGGAGUAGAGAGCGGAAGGACAGAGAUGAGCGGGAAGACCGCUCACACCGCCGCAGGUCUCGCUCCAAAGACUCGGAUCGCGAGCCCCGAGCCAAAGGGAGAGACCACCGGUCUCGCCAUGAGGAUCACCGGAAAUCCCGCUCGCCACGAAGAUCUCGUUCGCGCUCACGCAGUCCUCGGCGGCACCGGAAGCUAUCGCGUUCCAGGUCGCGCACGCCAGUGAAGGACAGGGAACGACGGCGGGACCGGUCGCGGGAGCGCCGCAAGCGGUCGCGUUCACGGUCGUGCUCGGUGUUCAGCGACACGUCGAGCGCAUCCGAGCGCAGACGGCACAGAAAGAAGAAGGAGAAGAAGGCGCGGAAGAAAGACAAGAAGGAGAAGAAGAAGAGCGGGGCCGUGAGCCACCAGUGGGGGAAGUAUGGGCUCAUUAAUGAUUCUGAUUUGUACAACAAGGAGCAAGAGUUCCGCGCGUGGCUGGUCGAGGAGCGUAAGAUCAACCCCGAGACCAUCUCCAAGGAACAGACGAAGAAAGAGUUUGCGCAGUUCGUCGAAGACUACAAUACGGCGACACUGCCGCACGAGAAGUUCUACCACAUGGAAGCGUACGAGCGGCGGAUGAGCGCUUUGCGCGCGGGCGAAUACGUCCCGCCUGCGGACGACUCGUACGACCCGAAUGCGGAUCUGCGCGCUCUCGAGAGCUCACACCGGCGCCGCGCGGUCGAACGUGAGACGUAUAUGUCCAAGGAGCAAUUGCAGGAGCUCCGCCGCGUGCAAAAUGAGCGGAUAGAGGCCGGGAAGAUGAAGCUACUCGGCAUGGAUAUCAAACAUAAUAUGGGAGUCCGGAUGGACGGUAGCAUGUUCGACGGAUGA